AUGAGUUCAUUUUGGAAAUCAGCACUACAAAUAUAUGUUAAGAAUCCUCAAAAGGUUCCUUCAGAAGAAUUAGUUUAUUAUGAUGAAAAAGUCACGAUAAUCAACGAUAAAUUCCCUAAGUCAACGUGUCAUUUAUUAAUUCUUCCUCGAGAUGGGAAGUUAACUUUACAACAUCCUACUAUUGCCCUUACUGAUAGGAUUAAAGAUUCUCUUGAAGAGUAUGUUCGAAUGGCUCAAGAAUACAUUUUCAAGACUUUCACUUCUAAAUACAAACUAGUUAAGCCAAUUCCCAAUGUUUUUGAUAAGAUUGAAGAUUUUAAUGACAUGGAAAUUUUUAUUGAUAAAUUCAUUACUGUAGGAGUUCAUAGUGUUCCAUCGAUGGCAAAUUUACAUAUUCAUGUUAUUACUAAGGAUUUCCAUUCAGAAAAGUUAAAAUAUAAGAAUCAUUAUCUUUCAUUUAAUAGUGAAUUCUAUAGAAAAUGGGAUAGUUUACCCUUAGAGCAAAUACCGGUAAGAGAUGAAAUGAUUGAUUUAGUUAAACAUGGCGAUUUGAUUUGUUGUUAUUGUAAUGCGAAUUUUAAGAAUCAAUUUGCUAAAUUGAAGAAACAUCUCAAUGAAGAGUUUGAGAAUCAUUUUAAGCUGAAAUAG